AUGAGUAACAUGCAGCCGGAAGAGUACGAAAACACGGGCUGGUUGUCGUAUUUCAGCCGGCACAAAACCACAUACACUGCGGCCGACAUCCAUAAGAUCAGUAACGAGCUGAACAACGUGCGCAAGAACCUAACCGCCACGCAGUAUGCGUACGGUGAGCUCAGCAGCGAAGUAAAAGCCCUGAAAAGUCUGCAGGAGCAGCAACGUUUGGCCGAUGAGUACGAGCAGCGAGCUAGCGGUGGUGCUGGCAGCAAGGCAUCGAAGAUGGCCGAGAAGCGGCUGAAGGAGCAGGCCGAUGAGAUCAAGAGUCUCAAGAGCGAUCUGGCGUGCUGCCGGACCGAUCUGUCGAAGCAGAUCGCUGCCCUGAAGGUGGCUUGUGGUGAGCAGGGUAAGAAAAAGGCCACCCUUGCGAUGUUGCCUGGAAAAUCCAUGGCAAAUGCUGCAGUGACCUUGAGUCUAGAGAGUCGCAUCAUCGCGACCGAGGUGCAGCUCGAUCAGCUGGCCACCGGUCAGACGGAGCGGUUAAGUGCUCUCGAGCAGAAAGUAGGUCAGCUCGAGCAACAAAAGGGGUCCGAUAAUAACCCUGGUACCGGAGAUUACGAGGUGCGGCUGAAUGCGCUAGAGAAGGACUUCACGCGUAAGUUGCAGGAUCUGACCGACCUCGUGGUGGAGCUGCAGCGCAAGCUGGCCAAGAGCGAAGCCAAGCAGGUGGAAAUGUUGCAACGGCUCUCAACGUCCCAAACCACCCUGUACGAGCAGCUGGAACAGCGGUACGACGAACAGUGCGGGAAGCUGCGUGAGUUGCAGGUCCGUCUUGGACAUCUUGGGCAACGGGACGACGUGGAUUCGACGUUCGUUUGA